UCUCACCUCACUUCCACUGCCAGCUCCGGCGACCUCCCCACCGUCCGGACACCGGAUCCUACCACAUGGUACUUUAGCAAGCCCACCCGUGCUUCCGUUCGGCGAAGUGUACAUAAACGGAUCGAGAAAUGGAAGCAGAGGACUACGCCGCCGGCUGCUGCUUCUCCCUCAUGUGCCAAGAAGACGGCGCCGACCUCGGCGACAGCUUCACCAGCAACGACGGAGGCGACCUGCUCCGGAUGUACAGCGGCACCGACGAGAGCGAGAACGACGAGGAGGAGUACAUGGACCACCUGGUGUCCAAGGAGAGCAGCCUCUGCUCCUCGCCGGAGUCCUCCCUGUCGUGCUCCUCCGCCGACGAGUCGUCGCCGUCCAUGGCCUCCGCGGACUGGUUCCAGUGCGCUCGCCGCUCCACAGUCAAGUGGAUCCUUGAGACGCGGGGGCACUUCGGGUUCUGCCACCGCACGGCGUACGUGGCGAUUGGCUACUUCGACCGCUUCUCCCGCCGGCGAUGCGUCGAUAGGUCGGUGAUGCCGUGGGCGGCGCGGCUGCUGGCCAUAGCGUGCGUGUCGCUGGCGGCCAAGAUGGACGAGUACCAGUCGCCGGCGCUGUCGGAGUUCAGCGCCGACGGCGACUACGAGUUCUGCUGCGACUCCAUCCGCCGCAUGGAGCUGCUCGUGCUCUCCACGCUCGACUGGCGGAUGGGCGCGGUCACGCCUUUCGACUACCUCCCCUGCCUCUCCUCCAGGCUCCGUCGAGGCAACGGCGGUGGUGGCGGCGGGCUUGUCGCCGCCAAGGCCGCCUCCCUCAUCUUCUCCGUCGCCGAAGUGGCGAGCGUGCUGGACUACCGGCCGUCCACGGUGGCCGUCGCCGCCGUCUUGGCAGCAACCCACGGCGUGCUCACGAAAGAGGCACUGGAAUCCAGGAUGAGCAAUCUCUCUCCCUCUUGCCUCCUCGAUAAGGAGGAUGUAUAUCCUUGCUACACCAUGAUGCUGGGAGAUCCAUCAUCGGCGGCGACGAACAAGCCGACCAAGAGAUCGGCGCCCGACUGGAUCGACGCCGCGGCCUCCUUAUCCGUCGUGGCGGCGAUGAACAAUAACAAGAGGGUGAGGCUGGACCUGCCAGGAACCCUUCACCGGUGA